UUAGGUGUGUGUGUAAUCUGUGAAGAGGUAGUUGGGAGUGUGGGGUGUUGGGAGUGUGGGGUGUGUGUGUGGAAUUAGUUUGAGAGAUUGCAAUGACACGAGGACACUUUCCACGUCGUCACAACAGUCUAUAAAUUGUGUGGCAAAGUCUGUGCAUCUUCCAUACUUUGAUAGCGCACGUGCAUCAGCGACUCAGCUCUGAUUAAAAAUGAAAGUAAGUGGAGUUCGGCCGGCAUGCAUCCUCCUGGGAUCGCUUCUUGCUGCCGGAUAUCUAUCAGUUUUCUGUGAAGGUAAGCUACAAAAAGCAACCCAUGGCCAGAUCCCUUACAGUGGGGAAGAAAUACACCGAAGAGACGAGACGCCGACCUCUCUGAUUCCGACAGAAGACCAUCUGAAUAUCAAACGUCAGGAGGAGGAGGGCGAUCAUCAUGAGGACGACGGCCAUGGCCAUCAGGGAAAACGUCAGGUGGAGGAGGAUGGCGGUUAUCCGAAUCCGGAGAGUCCUUUGGAAGACGGCCAUAACCACAUGGAAACUCCCAGGGGAAAACGUCAACAGGGUUGGCACACGCAGCAUGGAAAACGGUCUGACAACUUGGAAACACUCAGUAGAGGACUGUGGAAUAAGCUUUCCAACGAAGAGGAGUAUGCAUUGUACUAGAAAAUACUAUCCAAACCGAAAAUCAACGACAAAGGUGACACUGGUUCGCAUUGACACCUCUGCGUAUCCUCACUGAACUGCAUGAUGAAGUUAUAAAUAAAGACACUUCGAACAUU